AUGGGGCGCCUAGAGCUGGUGGUCGUUGGCCUCACCUGCUGCCUAGCAGUGGCAAGUUCGGCAAAGCUGGGCGCAGUGUACACAGAAGGAGGCUUUGUGGAAGGCGUCAACAAGAAGCUCAGUCUCUUUGGUGACUAUGUCGACAUCUUCAAGGGCAUCCCCUUUGCUGCUGUGCCCAAGGCCCUGGAGAACCCCCAGAAACACCCUGGCUGGCAAGGGACUUUGAAGGCCAAGGACUUCAAGAAGCGGUGCCUGCAAGCCACCAUCACCCAGGACAGCACCUAUGGGGAUGAGGACUGCCUCUACCUCAACAUCUGGGUUCCCCAGGGCAAGAGGGAAGUCUCCCGGGACCUGCCCGUCAUGAUCUGGAUCUACGGUGGUGCCUUCCUCAUGGGAGCUGGCCACGGAGCCAACUUUCUCGACAACUAUCUGUACGAUGGGGAGGAGAUUGCCACGCGUGGCAACGUCAUCGUGGUCACCUUCAACUACCGCGUUGGCCCUCUAGGCUUCCUCAGCACUGGGGAUGCCAACCUGCCAGGUAACUAUGGCCUUCGGGACCAGCACAUGGCCAUCGCUUGGGUGAAGAGAAAUAUUGCUGCCUUUGGGGGGGAUCCCAACAACAUCACCAUUUUUGGAGAAUCAGCUGGAGGCGUCAGCGUCUCUCUGCAGACUCUCUCCCCCUACAACAAGGGCUUCAUUCGGAGAGCCAUCAGCCAGAGUGGCGUAGCAUUGUGCCCUUGGGCCAUCCAAAGGAACCCACUCUUCUGGGCCAAAUCGAUUGCCAAGAAGGUGGGCUGCCCCAUGGAUGACACCUCUAAAAUGGCCAGAUGUCUGAAGGUUACCGACCCACAUGCCUUGACACUGGCUUACAAGAUGCCCCUGGCUGGCAUGGAGUACCCCAUGCUGUACUAUCUGGGCUUCCUCCCUGUCAUCGAUGGAGACUUCAUCCCCGAUGAUCCCAUCAACUUAUAUGCCAACACUGCUGACAUUGACUACAUUAUUGGCACCAACAACAUGGACGGCCACGUAUUUUCCACCAUUGAUGUACCAGCAGUUGACAAGACUAACAAGGAUGUCUCAGAGGAAGACUUCUACAAGCUGAUCAGCGGGUACACCAUCACCAAGGGACUCAGGGGUGCCAAUGCCACCUUCGAACUCUACACUGAGUCCUGGGCCAGUGACUCAUCCCAGGAGAACAAGAAGAAGACCGUGGUGGAGUUGGAGACUGAUGUCCUCUUCCUAAUACCCACCAAGGUCGCCCUGGCCCAGCACAGAACCAAUGCCAAGAGUGCCAAGACCUACACAUACCUGUUCUCCCACCCCUCUCGGAUGCCCGUUUACCCCAAGUGGGUGGGGGCCGACCACGCAGAUGAUAUCCAGUAUGUCUUUGGGAAGCCCUUUGCCACCCUUCUGGGCUACCGGACUCAAGACAAGACUGUCUCCAAGAACAUGAUCGCCUACUGGACCAACUUUGCGAGAAGUGGGGACCCCAACAUGGGCCACUCGGCUGUCCCCACACACUGGUAUCCCUACACACUGGAAAAUGACAACUACCUGGAGAUCAAUAAGAAGAUCGAUGGCAACUCCAUGAAGCAGCACCUGAGGACCAGUUACCUACAAUACUGGACCCUGACCUACAAGGCACUGCCUACAGUGACUAGUGGGGAGGCUGUCCCCGUGCCCCCCACAGACAAUUCUGAGGCUGUCCCCAUGCCACCCCAGGAUGAUUCUGAGGCUGUCCCCGUGCCCCCCCAGGAUGAUUCUGAGGCUGUCCCCGUGCCCCCCCAGGAUGAUUCUGAGGCUGUCCCCGUGCCCCCCCAGGGAGAUUCUGAGGCUGCCCCUGUGCCCCCUACGGGUGACUCUGAGGAGGCUCAGAUGCCCAUAGUCAUUGGCUUCUAA